GUUCUGGGUCACUCCUCACAUCUCCUCCUUUGUUUUCAGACACUGACUCCUGUCAUUGGACCAGCUGGUGUUGGACGGGGUGUUGGACCCUCCCCCUGCACGAGGACAGAAUGAGACAAUAGCUGGGGGUGUUGGAUAUCAUCCCUCCCACCUCCUCUUUGUUUUCCCCUCCUACAUAUCCAAGAACCAUAUCCAUACUCACUAUCUCACACCAACACACUACAAAACAAUACCUUGGACUUCUGUGGCUCCCACUCUUUACUUUGUAGUGACCAUGAGACUUUUAGAGGACCGUUGCUGUUGAGAACCUUCUGGGAAUAAAACCUGUUUCCUUUCAGCCAGUGGACACAUCCUUCCAAAUCCCACGGCUUUGGUGGAGCUUGAUGGAAGCUCAGUAGACCAUUGAAUCAUGAAAACGCCAGAGGACCACUGGGAGUUUCCAUUUGGAGUUGCAUAUUAAUAGGCUGAAAGACUACCAGUGAGAAAAGUAAAUCUAAUUCAACAUGCAGCAGUCUUGAACGUCUGUUAGAAUAAAUGAUACCUCUCCUUAGCCUUUUCAUCCAUCAUAUCUGAAGUGCCUUGUGUUUCAUCAAACUUUUUACAUCUCCACAUAUCUGAUCCAUCUGCCAAUCCUUGAAACAAUUGAUUUGUUUACAUAUCCAGCCUUCCAUAUGUUUCAUUUUUCUUCUCUUUGCAUGCAAGUAAAACUUUAAAGUAUCUGAGAUAAGAGGAAUGAGACCAUCGUAGAGUCCAGUACCUCAAACUUAUCCAACCUAAACACACCAAGACUGUUCAUCUGACUCUCAAACGUGGUACACUGCUUCCACUGAACAGCUCCAUCACCAUGUACACGCUGCAGUCCAAAUGGCGCUACCUAAUCAUGUUCUUGGGCGUCCAGUUAGUGGUCAUGGCUCUUCUCUCUAGAGAGGGCUACCAGAAAAGAGUGUCAUAUUUUUUCCGUAUUUUCCGUAAGACGGAUUCUACAUCGGGACACACAAUCGGUGGACGCAACCACACGGAUGUUUAUGCCAACCUCUCCCUUUUGGGCCCUGCUCUUAAUAAAGAGGACAUGCCCUACUGCCCCAAGCAGUCUCCUUUGAUUGGUGGACCAAUUCAUGUCACUUUCCCCUCUGGGCUUACACUUGCUGAGGUGGAGAGGAAGAAUCCACUUGUUGUUCGUGGAGGGCGCUAUAGGCCGCCAAACUGUGAGGCUCGCCAUCGCACUGCAAUUAUCAUUCCCCACAGAAAUAGGGAACACCACCUCAAGGUCCUCCUCUACUAUCUGCAUCCCUUCCUACAGCGUCAGCAGCUCAACUAUGGCAUCUAUGUCAUUCACCAGGCUGGUAAUUACACCUUUAACCGAGCAAAGCUGAUGAACGUGGGAUUCCGUGAAGCCAUGAGGGACGAGGACUGGGACUGCCUCUUCUUUCAUGACGUGGACCUCAUUCCAGAGGACGACCGCAACACCUAUGUCUGCGACACUCAUCCCAAGCACGCUGCCAUUGCCAUGGACAAAUUUGGCUACAAGUCAGUGUUCUUCACGCUCUCUAGCUGCAUUUCAUUUGACUUCAUGCCUGCAUUUCACACCUGCACACAGAUUAUGGUCUCACUCGGAGGAAUGCUGAUCAGUCGUCCGUCUCUAAAAGUGGGCCGAUAUAAGAUGAUCAAACACAGGCAUGACAAAGGCAACGAAGUGAAUCCCAAAAGGUUUAACAUGUUGGCUAAGACCCGGCAUACAUGGAAAGAAGACGGCAUGAAUACAGUGGAGUAUGAGAUCGUAUCCCGGGAUUACCAGCUGCUUUACACCAACAUCACGGUCAACAUUGGCACCGAGGCAGGCCAGCGCUCGACCAAAAAAAAGCCUGCUUCAUAGUUGACUCCCAGCAUUCUUGUGGAUCCCAGAGGCACAAGUCUUAACGUCAAUGCCGUACUGCCUGCAGACCACUUCACCCACAUGCAUAUGGCCAGUGAAUUCAAGGGACAUCAUGCCUUUACUGCAACACCUUCUGUUUCCUCUGUAACAGCGGUGCCAUCUAGUGGUCCCAUGAUUCUCUGUCCUUUCUCCCUCUCUU